AAUGCCCCCUGGAACCCCGGGAACACCCCCUGGAACCCCGGGAACACCCCCUGGAUCCUCGGGAACACCCCUGGAGUCCUUGGGAACACCCCCUGGAUCCUCGGGAACACCCCCUGGAACCCCGGGAACACCCCCUGGAGUCCUUGGGAACACCCCCUGGAUCCUUGGGAACACCCCCUGGAUCCUCGGGAAUAACCCUGGAUCCCUGGAAAUAACCCCUGGAGUCCUUGGGAAUAACCCCUGGAACUCCAGGAAUACCCCUGGAACCCCGGGAAUACCUCCUGGAUCCUCGGGAAUACCUCCUGGAUCCUUGGGAACACCCCCUGGAUCACCGGGAAUACCCCCUGGAACCCCGGGAAUACCCCCUGGAUCCUUGGGAAUACCCCUGGAACUCCAGGAAUACCCCUGGAUCCUCAGGAAUACUCCUGGAGUCCUUGGGAAUCCCUUGGAAUCCCCCCUGGAACCCUGGGAAUCCCCCCUGGAGUCCUCAGGAAUCCUGGCUGGAAUCCCCUCUGGAAUCCUUGGGAAUUCCCCCCCAGGAUCCCCAGGAAUCCCUCCAGGAAUCCCUCCUGGGAUCCUUGGGAAUCUCCUUCCUGCAGCCCUCAGGAAUCCUGGCUGGAAUCCCCCCCUGGAAUCAUCAGGAAUCCCUCCUGGGAUCUCUCCUGGGAUCCCUCUGGGAAUCCUCAGGAAUCCUGGCUGGAAUCAUUGGGAAUCCCUCCUGGGAUCUCUCUGGGAAUCCGCAGGAAUCCUGGCUGGAAUCAUCAGGAAUCCCUCUUGGGAUCUCUCCUGGGAUCCCUCUGGGAAUCCUCAGGAAUCCUGGCUGGAAUCAUCAGGAAUUCCCCCCUGGGAUCCCUCCCAGGAUCCUUGGGAUCCCUCCCGGGAUCCCUCCCGCAAUCCCAGGGACAGCAGGGCUGGCAAUAAACGUUUUGUAAGGAAUUCCUGAGCUUGGGAAGUUCUGUG